GCAGCGUGAUACAAGAGUACUGUGUGGAAUAGACUUUUACAGUGUCGUUAUAAUAUUUCGUUCUCGUUUUGCUUUUUGACGGCAGAAGCGCAGUCUCCCCUUCGUGGGCGAAUAGGAGUUCAUUUAUGUUUGCUUUCCGAUCGGAAUGCCGUCCGCCUUCCAGCAGAGUUACACAGAGCCCCAUUCUGGCAGCACACCUGGGCUCUGGCUCUCGAUGGGAAUUUCUCCUUUUAACUGCAGCUGGCGCGAGUGUCGCGCGGUGAUUGGAUCUCCCGAAUGGAAGGAAUCGGUUACUUUAAAAGGACGGCAUUUGUAAGAAAGGAAAAAAAAAUCCACCAUAAAGCUAAGAAUAUUCAGCAGACCCGCAGUCGCGGGAGCAGAACGACGGCAGAUGCUGGGUUUUGCGUGCGCUGGAGUGGUCAGCCGUGUCGCCGCGCAGCAGGGCUUCGACUUGGACCUGGGCUACCGGCUCCUGGCCGUCUGCGCAGCCAACAGAGACAAGUUCACCCCGAAGUCUGCAGCCCUCCUGUCAUCCUGGUGUGAGGAGCUUGGUCGCCUCCUCCUACUGCGUCACCAGAAGAACCGGCCCAGCGACCCCCCAGGGAAGUUGCCCAUGCAGCCACCCAUGACCUCCAUGAAGCCCGGCCUCUCACACGGUGAUGGCUCCUUCCCUUAUGAUUCCGUUCCUUGGCAACAAAACAGCAACCAGCCGCCCGGCUCGUUAUCGGUGGUGACUACGGUUUGGGGUGUGACCAACACGUCGCAGAGCCAGGUACUGGGCAACCCGAUGGCGAACGCCAGCAACCCCAUGAAUCCUGGAGGCAACCCCAUGGCGUCCAGCAUGUCCGGGAACAACCCAGGCAUCAACUCGCCCCAGUUCGCUGGCCAGCAGCAGCAAUUCCCGGCCAAAGGGGGCCCCAGCCAGCCUUACAUGCAGCAAGGCGUGUACGGGCGUCCCGGCUACCCCGGCAGCGGUGGGGGGUUUGGUGGCAGUUACCCGGGAGGUCCAAACCCCCCCGGGGGUAUGGGCAUAACCCCUCACUCCCGCACGCCUGCCGACUUCACCCAGCCCGCCGCCGCCGCCGCUGCCGCUGCUGUGGCUGCCGCCGCCGCCACGGCAACAGCUACCGCCACGGCCACUGUUGCUGCCCUGCAGGAGACCCAGAACAAGGACAUGAACCAGUAUGGACCGAUGUGUUCCUCUUUCCAGAUGGGACCCACUCAAGCCUACAACAAUCAGUUCAUGAACCAGCCGGGUCCACGUGGGCCACCCUCCAUGCCCGGGAACAUGAACCCGGCCGGCAUGGGCGCCAGCAUGAGCGGCCCCAACAUGAGCGGUGCCCCCAUGAGCAUGAACCAGCCGCGGGGGGCCUCGGGCAUGAGCCCCUUCGGGAGCCACGGUCAGCGCAUGCCGCAACAGGGCUACCCGGGCCCCCGGCCACAGUCCAUGCCCAUGCAGAGCAUGAAGAGGUCCUAUACUGGGGAGCCUAAUUAUGGGGGACAGCAGUACGGACCAAACAGCCAGUUCCCCAACCAGCAAGGCCAGUACCCUGCUCCCAACGCCCCCAGGCCGCUGCCGUCACCCAACUACCCCGGACAGAGGAUGCAAGGGCAGCAGAGCUCAGGACAGUACCCUCCGAGCGUGGGCAUGAACCAGUAUUAUAAGCAAGAGCCAUUCAAUGGUCAGAGCAACAACUUCUCUGGAAGUGGGUAUCCCUACAACCAGGGCAACCUGAACGGGCCGCCACGACCAGUGGGAAACUACCCCCACUCGCCGGUGCCGGGGAACCCCACGCCCCCCAUGACACCCGGCAGCAGCAUCCCUCCGUACCUGUCGCCCAGCCAGGACGCCAAGCCGCCGUUCCCGCCGGAAAUCAAGCCGAACAUCACGGCCCUGCCCCCACCCACCAACCCCAACGAGGAGCUGCGGCUGACCUUCCCGGUGAGAGACGGGGUGGUGCUGGAGCCCUUCCGACUGGAGCACAACUUGGCUGUGAGCAACCACGUGUUUCACCUACGUCCUUCGGUGCAUCAGACGCUCAUGUGGAGGUCAGACCUGGAGCUUCAGUUCAAGUGCUACCACCACGAAGACCGGCAGAUGAACACCAACUGGCCAGCAUCCGUGCAGGUCAGCGUCAACGCCACGCCACUCACCAUCGAGAGGGGUGACAACAAGACCUCCCACAAGCCCCUGCACCUGAAGCACGUGUGCCAGCCAGGGAGGAACACCAUCCAGAUCACUGUCACGGCCUGUUGCUGCUCGCACCUCUUCGUCCUUCAGCUGGUCCAUCGGCCGUCCGUCCGCUCCGUCCUCCAGGGUCUGCUGAAGAAGAGGCUCUUGCCCGCAGAGCACUGUAUCACCAAAGUCAAGAGGAACUUCAGCAGUGUGGCAGCCUCCUCUGGGAACGCCACGCUUAACGGGGAAGACGGUGUGGAGCAGACUGCCAUUAAAGUGUCCCUCAAAUGCCCCAUUACCUUCCGGCGGAUCCAGCUCCCAGCACGGGGCCAUGAUUGUAAACAUGUACAGUGCUUCGAUCUGGAGUCAUACCUGCAGCUGAACUGUGAACGGGGAACAUGGCGGUGUCCGGUAUGCAAUAAAACAGCGUUGUUGGAGGGUCUGGAAGUCGAUCAGUACAUGUGGGGCAUCCUGAACGCCAUCCAAAACUCGGAGUUUGAGGAAGUCACCAUUGACCCAACGUGUAGCUGGAGGCCGGUGGCGAUCAAGUCGGACAUGCACAUCAAGGAAGACCCCGACGGCCCACUGGCAAAGAGAUUUAAGACCAUGAGUCCCAGCCAGAUGAUCCUGCCAAACGUAAUGGAGAUGAUAGCCCAGCUUGGUCCGGGCCCCUCCCCAUACCCAUCGUUACCCCCUCCACCUGGGGGGCACAACAGUGAUUAUGGAAACCAAGGAAACAGUUACCAGGGACACGGUAAUUUCGACUUCCCCCACGGAAACCCUGGGGGCACCUCCAUGAACGACUUCAUGCACGGGCCCCAGCUUUCCCACCCGCCCGACAUGCCCGGCGGCCUUAUGAACCCUGACAAGCCCCUCAGCCACGGCAUGCCGGACGCCAUGCCUCAUCCUGUCAGCACUGAUCAGUCCCAUAGCUCCAUGCAGCAGGGCUUGCACGCGCCUCCUCACCCCAGCAGCCAAUCAGGGCAGCCAUUACAUCACAGUGGCGCUCCCCAGCCCCCGCGCCAGCCCCCGCCACCGCAGCCCGGUGCUAACAGCCAUCCGCACGGCGACCUGACCUUUACCCCUUCCUCUGCCUUAGAGGGUCAGGCAGGAGGCUCAGUAGCGCCUGAUAUGCCGGAGCCCUCCCUGGAUCUCCUCCCUGAGCUUGCGAACCCGGACGAGUUGCUGUCCUACUUGGAUCCACCAGACCUCCCGAGCAAUAGCAACGAUGACCUUCUGUCCCUCUUCGAAAACAACUGAGGCCGCCCCGCGUCCGUGCUAUCUAGACUGGCCCGAGCCAGGCCCAGUGGGCUACUCAGUACUUGACAGACACAAAGAUGCACUCCUUUACUCUUCUUCCUCUUGUAAACAUCCGCAUCUCCCGCCCAGAUUGACUGAGAGUUGUUCUUGUAAACGCGCAGAUGUGACUGUCCUGUCGUCUGCCUUGAAGUGAUACCCUCGAACAUUACAGACUCUGCAGCUAUAUUAUGUUCAUUUUUACCUCACACAGCAUUCUGUGUGAACAAUAGAAAAAAAAUGUUGUAGCAUUUUUUUAUUAUUUUAUUUCCAUUUAAAAAGAAAUGAAAAAGGAAAAAAAAAAAAAAAACUGCCCAUAUCGGCCAGUGUCCGUAUCCCCUUCGAAUGCUGAUAUUCCUACGACUUUGAAUCCGUGGCUUCCUGUUGUUUUAUAUUUAAUUAUAUUUUAUUUCGUUUUCCUCUCCCAAACAGAUAAUAGCACUGAUGUCCACUAACCACCAGUUCAAAGCACAAAAUAUUCUAAAAAACUGUAACGUUGAAAAAAAAAAGACAAAAAUGAAAAGGAGGAAAAAAAAACAUCUCAAAAGGGAAGAACACUUCCGAUACGAUCCGCAGGGUGCGGUUGGCCCCCUACUAUCUGACUACAUCUUUUGCUGGGUUCCCAACGUAAAGCAAACGUCGUCCGUGUUUGGAAGUUUCAAUAAGCUUGAAAACACAUUUCCAUCUUGAUGCAGAUAUGGGGGGGAGAGCAUUCUUUCUGAGGAUUUUUAUGUGUGUUGUUUUUUUUUUUUAUUUGUUUCCUAUUUUGUAUCGUGCGAUACCAUCUUCACCACACUAAAUGGGAAAAGAGUAACUACAGCCCAGGGGUCAGGCUAGGCUGUUAGGGAGAGCGGAGUGGGACGCGUUUAAUCUCCAGCGGUGGGGAGAGGCUUGAGGGUGACGCAGGAGAUGAACUGUGGGGCUGCUCUCACACAUAGAAACGGGCAUUUAUAUUCGGAGUAACGCAGCUUUUUUUGUACAAGACUGUUACAUAGCGAACAAACCCCCUAUCUUACCUGCCAGGAGAGCUUACUGCACAUUAAGGAGGAAGAACGGAGUGAUGAUAAAGAGACGGUAGCUGUAGAGGGGUUAUUACUGCACUGCUAGCUCUGUGCCAGUCACUGUCGCGCACCCCUAGCUCACCCCUCCUUCCGGCGUCUCCGUGCUUCCCCGUCCCGCAUGGCCCCGCGUCGCUAGCCUAACCCACUGUGUGACGUCCGUUUCAAUCCUUGAUGAAUUAUGUACAGUAAGUGAUAUAAGAAGUGCAUGCGUGCCAAUUUGCCCUCGUUUCGUGAUAUCCCAAGCUAAGAGUGCGUUUUUAUCAACUGCGGCUUUCGUCUUAUUGUUUUAUUUCUUAAUUUGUUUUCAUGUAACACUAAUUUCCCUCUGAAAGGGAUUACCUUCGUCAUAUUCACAAUGUAUCGUCCAGUUUAUUUUAUUGUUAUUCUUUUUUUUAUUAUUUAAUCGCUCUUGUUUUGCAGUGCUGCAAAUAUGUAACGGUUAAUAAUCAUUGGGAAAUCGCUUUAUAUCACCAAAGUUUGGGAGGAGCAGGAGGACUGCUCUCCUUGCUCCGAAGCCCUAGAAAAAGAAAUAAUUUAUCACUGCUGUCGAGGCAUGAGUAUACGGUAGCCCCUGACAUUUCUGUGUAGAUAUAUAUAUAUAUAUAUAUAUUUUUUACUGUCUUGACUUCUGGAAGCAGCGUCAGAAACGUGACAUUCUCCCCAUCUUUUUUUUUUUUCAUUUUUAUUUUAACAGAAAACCGCUGUUUAGUAUGCAAAUGUAUUAUUUUUUAAAAAAAGCUAUUGUAAAUAUCUUUGUGAAUAUUUUAGUAUUGUCCUAGAUGAUAUUAAUCCUUUUCACAAUCGGUUGUCCAUUGUUUGUCAUUAUUAGUCUUCAACUCCCCCACCCCCGCCUCAUCACCGCCACUCCCGUCCUGAAUACGAGGUUUCUUAUAUAAAUGACAGAACCAAUGAAAUGUCUUUCACAUUUUGUAGGUCUUCUCAUUCUUUUCAUCUUGUCCGCAUAUUUAAUUUCUCAGUACAGUUCAUAGAAUGACCUGGAAUAUGCAGGUGGAAGUCUGCUCUGUCAUAAUUCCUGAGUUACUUCCCCACUCGGCUGGUCUGACCGUUCUAAACAACAAACAAAAUAGAAAAGAAGAGGGUACCUUUUUUAUUUUACAUUUUUAUAUAGCAGUAUUCACUUUAAUUCUUCCUCGGUUUCAAAGGCUGUGUGGACAAACCGGUUCAUUCUGCCUCCGAUUGCGGCCGUGUUCGCAUUCGGAUGAGGAUUAAAACGGUGGCCUGACUUGAACAGAAUAAUUGCCAUUCGCCGACGGAUAUCAGAAAAAUGAAGGGAGCCGUGAGAACUAUGCGAUUUGCUGUUAGUUGUUGAGAUGUACAAGUGGCAUUUUGAAAAAUGUAUCACGGCCUUACGUUAAAUAAAUCUAUAUAUUGUUUUUAUUUUUGUUACAGAAUAUACAGCUUUUGUAAAAGCUAAAGAUCAUUUGAAAUUUGUAUCCCAUUUCGAAUAUGGUUUUUGUUUUUUUUUUGUAAAUUAUUUUUAUAUAUUUUCUUUUGUAAUAAGAAGUAAGGCUAGUAAUCUUUAUUUUUUUCUUUCUCUUUUUUUUUUUGUUUCGCUUAACCCAGUAUAGCAUUGUAUUUAAAAAUGAAGAGGUGAUGAUUUUAUAAAUUCUAAGGCCUUAGGAACGUCUGUUGUUCCGGAUAGGGGAAUACAUCUAGAUUAGCUUAUUGGUACUGGGUAGUAGCGUUAAAUAAAACAAUGACUGUAUGUCCAAGGAAGGUAAAAAUGAACGGUCUUUUUAACCAUGCACUGCCACACUGUUUCCUUUCUCUGUGUCUAAGUAAGCACAUUUACAUCAGCUCACAUUUUACGUAAGGGUCGGUUCUAUGUAUUGGGCACCCCUGCGCACCACAGCUGUGCAGUCACCUACAAGGAAAGUUUCUCUGGGGCAAGCAAAGCGAAUUUUAAAAAUAAAUAAAAAAUAAAGUGGAAUAAAAAGAGUGAAUGGAGGAAUUGUCUGCUCACUAAGGCCCCGGGCUGAGCCACAGGAUAAGACCACGCCGUGGAGGGAGAAUCCGAGAGAUGCUUGUAUAUAUGUAUGUAAAUGAGUAUAUAGAGACAUGUUAACAGAACUGUAUUCAUUUUCCCCGGGAAUGUGCAUUGUUUAUUCAGAAUUUUUAAAAAGUCUGCAUCCCCAUCAGAAGUGACUCAGUAUGGAAAAUGAAUCUUGUUUGUUAGUGUCUGUGGAUUCUCUGCAUUUGUUCCCUUAUGUAACAUAUUCUGACCUCUCUUACGAGGCUAAUUGGCCGUGCUGGGGAGGGGAAAAAAUAAUUUUGUUAUACCAACAUAAUAAUUAGCCUAUGUGUAUUAGUCUAUCACCUAUGUAUUUUUAAGGUGCUACAAAAUAUUAA